AUGGAGAAGAUUUUGAGACCACAAAUGAAUUUGCUCAACGAAUUUUCGAAGACACAGAAUUUCGGAACAAAAGGCAAGAACAGAACAAGGAAAAGUGAGAUGAUCAAGAAUUGGAGAGUGAAAAAUGAAAGUAGAAGUGAAAGGACUGGUGGUGGCAACAAAGUCAUGGUCAAACACUUCCUGAUAAACCAUAGAUGGAACAUGACUAAAUUGUAUAAUAUGUUGCCUGGAGAUAUUGCUCUUCACAUUAGCACAAUUGACACUGGUCAAGAAGACAGUGACGAUUAUGCUAUAUGGGAUAAAACAGAGAAUGUGGCUAAAUUCGGAAAACAAGGCUUCCCUAAUUGUAUAUGCUGUACUAUUCCUGAAAAUGAUUCCAUUCAACAUGUAUUUGUGGAGGGACAAGUAGCUGAUCAUAUUUGGCAAUUUAUUGGAGCCCCCUUGGGCAUUAAUCAUCAACAUAUUCCUAUUAAUGGCCUGCUGCAUCAAUGGUGGAACCAAACAGCCAACAACAAGACCGUAUGGAACAUCAAAACUGCGCUAAACGUUGCUGUUCCAAACAUUGACUUCGGUGGCAACUGGAUCAGUACCUGUGCGACAGCGGAAAGAAUUAAGCCAGUGCAAAAAUGUACUCCAAUCUGCUGGAAAAAGCCACAGCCUGGCAAGUUUAAAGCUAACACUGAUGGCAGCUUCUGCAGUACUUCUAAAAGAGCUGGAAUUGGAGGGAUUCUUCGAGAUGAACACGGAAAGAUGGUCAUGGCAUUCUCUAUCCCAGUCGAAUGUGAAAGCAGUAACCAUGCGGAAGCCUUGGCUGUUGAGUUUGGAAGCUCCUGGUGCAAAAUUAAUGGCAUAAAUGAUAUUCAAAUGGAACUUGACUCGCUAAUCAUUGCCAACAUGCUCACAAAACAAAAUCUGGGAAACUUGAAGCUCAAGCACAUAAUCAACAAGAUCCUAAAGAAUGUGGAGGGCACUAAUAUUGAAUUCCUGCACUGUUUCAGAGAAGCAAAUUCGGUGGCGGACUACUUAGCUAAGCUUGCUUUAUCAAGUAGAACCAGGUCCGUAUAUUACUCUCAUGACAGUUUACCUGGCGAGGCAAAGGGACUGACUCAACUGGAUCAAUGGCAAUUACCUACUUUUAGAAGAAGAUUUGAGAAAUCUAAUUUCUUUGUUAGUUAA